CUAAACUACUCACUCAUUCAUUGCUCUCGGUAGUCAAGUCCUUCGAAAUCGAAAUCGAGAGGAAUCAGUCGAGCACUGAUCGUCGGAGACGAAGAGACGGAGAUGGCGAUGAGAUCCGCGGUGAGCAGAGCGAGCGCGAACCGGCUCGCCGGAACGGCUCGUUUCUUCAGCGACGGGAAGGGGAAGAUCCUCGGCGAAGAGGAACGCGCCGCCGAGAACGUCUACAUUCAGAAAAUGGAGAGGGAGAGGCUGGCGAAGCUGAAGCGUAAGGCCGAGAAAGAGAAGGCGGAGAAGGGAAAAGAGGCCGCGGAGCAGAAACCUGGAGAGAAGUAGUGACUGAACUUCACUAAGAAGGCGGACGUGUCUGAAGUCAUCAUGGAUAAUAAAUGUGUUUGUCUCUGGGUGAGGGUUCAUCAAUAUGUAAAUUAUUCCCUUAUGCAGUAAGAGGGGAACCUCUACUCAUGCGUUUGGUAUUGAACUUCCAAAAUUGUUGUCCAACAAUCUUCCUUUAACAUUAAAGACUUUGACAUUUAACUUGAUGGGUCGUUUCGUAGUUUUUCCCCC